GUCCAGUCAAACAAAAACUGUGUUUGGAAAAGGUUUAGACAUUGCUUGAUGCUUCCUGUAAACAGUCUUCUCAUCCCUUUACAAUGACUUUUUUUCUUGUGUCAAACAAAAGAGGAAUAUUAAUAACUUGCAUUUUAUUGCUUUGUGUCUAUCAAGGAACUUCUGAGCCGUUGUUCAUGGUGAUAUUUCCAGGCAUUAUAAGAUCAGGCUCAGAGGCUAAACUAUGCGUGAGCCUUCAAAAUCCAGAAGAAAAUCUGCAGCUGACCAUUUCUCUAGUUGACAAUAGCCAGAAGAGAACCCUUCUACAGGAGAGAACUGAGAAGGAAUUCCACCGCUGCCUUGACUUUCAGGCUCCUGAAUCUAAUUCGGUGCAAGUGAUCCAAGUGGAAGCUCAAGGGAAAAAAACUCAUCUGAUUGAAAAAAGAAAAGUCAAAUUUGUGUCUUAUAAUCCAGUGACAAUAAUUCUAACAGAUAAACAAAUAUACAAUCCUGGACAAACAGUCCAAUUCAGGAUUUUCACAGUGGACCAAAACUUAAAACCAGUUGAUGAAACAUACAAACUCAUAACAGUGCAGGACAAUCGAAGAAACAGAAUCAAUCAAUGGAUUAAUGCCACAUCCACCCAUGGCAAGAUUCUGCAACUUUCUCAUGUGCUGAAUCCAGAGGCUUCUGUUGGUUUAUAUGAGCUGUCUGUUGAGACCAGCAAAACAACAAUUAAAGAAAAUUUUCAGGUUGAAAAGUAUGUUCUACCGAAAUUCGAAGUUAUAUUAGAAAAGGCAAAGACAGUGAAAGCGAAUAAACAGGAAGUAAACCUGAGGGUAUGUGGGAGAUAUACCCAUGGACGGCCUGUUGCGGGUAGUGUGAAGAUGGAACUCUGCAGUCCCUGGCUAGACUUCUUUUACUACAACUAUAACUCUCAGUAUAAGACUCCAAGCUGUGUUAAUAGUUCAGCAAUACUGAAUGAGACCGGGUGUGUCUCUCAGACGUUCCCCAUGUCAGUCUUUGUCAGAAAAUCAGAAAAUUAUAUGUAUAACUUGCCACAGUUUCUUACGUUCACUGCAUCAGUAACUGAGGAGGGGACAGACAUCUCAAUGGAAAGGACUGAAGAUGUGUUGUUGUCCUAUAAUGUUGGUAGCUUAAAAUUUAUUGAGCUACCAGAGUUCUUUGAGGAUGGAUCAGUAAUACAGGCAAAGGUUAAAGUUGAGUUCUCCGAUGGGACCCCAGUUUCUAACUUUAAGAUUGCUGUUCAUCACACCGUUCAACACAGCACCAUCACACCUCAGCAGCAAGAACUCAUUACAGACAUCAGUGGCAUGGCCAAUUUCACCAUUGAUACGUCCACUGCAAGUGCACCUCUUUCUGUAUCGGCAUUUCCUUCACCAGACAAUCAGUUUGUUCGUCCAUUUCAUUUUGAAUCUGUGUACAAAACUCUGCAAAUAAAACCCAAAGGAAACCCAACAAAAAUUAGUCAACUGACUAUAAAGGAUCUAGAGGAACCUCUAAAGUGUGAUAUGGAGAUUCCAGUAACCGUUCAGUACACUAUUGCUGGAGAGACUGUUGAAAGUGGUUAUGUUACCAUAGUCUAUUUGGUUUUAUCCAGAAAAGAGAUAGUCCACCAUGGGUAUGAGAACGUUGAAGUAAAAGGUGCUGAUGGAGUGGUGGAGGGAGAAGUGAUGUUCAAAGUCCUUGUUCACCCCAAGAUGUCUCCUAAGAUGGAGUUUCUUGCGUACUGUGUGCCACCCAGUGAGACUGUACUAGCUGUUUCCAGAACAUUUCAAAUUGAAAAAUGUCUUGAAAACAAGGUGUCUCUGCAGUUUUCUCCUACUACGGCUGUUCCAGGUGAAGAAAACAUUCUCCAGCUCUCAGCUCUGCCUGGUUCACUGUGCGGCCUCAGUGCUGUAGAUCAAAGCGUCCUGAUCCUGGAGAAAAAUAAACGCCUUGACAUUGACAAAGUUUUCAGCAUGUUGCCUGCAGACAGUUUUUUUUCAUUUGACAUUGAAGAUCAAGAGGAAUGCUUUAAUAUCAGAUCCACAAGAAGUCCUCAGUCUGCUAGACCAAGUAUACAGUCCUACUCUCCAUUUAUCCCUUACUCUUUACAGAGUAAAGAAAAUGCUGUCUAUGAGGUUUUCCGGGACAUGGGAUUGAAAGUGGCAACAAAUUUGAUUAUUAAAAUGCCAUCUUGUAUUUUAUUCAGAGAUGCAUUAUAUCUUAGAGUGCAUGGUGGUGAAUAUGGUCACUUUGGUUUACACCCAGGGAUGGGUGUUGGCCUAAUAAUUGACGAUAGAGCUAAAGUUCCGGGUCCAGUGGAAGAAGGCUUACGAAUUGAGGGAUUUGUUCGUCAUGGAGUAGAAACAAUUCGCACAUUCUUCCCAGAAACUUGGAUUUGGGAACUUGUUGAAGUUGGGGCCUCUGGAUCAGCUCAGGUUCCUGUCACGGUUCCUGACACCAUCACAUCUUGGGAGACGGAGGCCUUUUGUCUGUCCUCCGAAGGUCUGGGUCUGGCUCCUCCUGCUCAGCUGACAGUUUUUCAGCCAUUCUUCCUGGAGCUCUCUCUGCCUUACUCCAUCAUCCGUGGGGAGAUCUUUGAGCUGAAGGCCACUGUCUUCAACUAUUUGUCCAAGUGCAUCAUGGUUAAAGUGACUCCAGCUCCUUCCUCAGACUACACUCUCAAAGCCUCCUCUGAUGAUCAGUAUUCAUCCUGUCUAUGUGCUAAUGGAAGAAAAACCUUUAAAUGGAUCCUCACUCCUUCUGUUCUUGGAGUCUUGAAUAUUACAGUCAGUGCAGAGGCAGAGGCGUCCCAGACUGUGUGUGACAAUGAGAUUGUGAGCGUCCCAGAGAGAGGACGUAUUGACACGGUCACACGAAGCUUGCGUGUAAAUGCUGAAGGAAUUGAAAAAACUAACAGCCACAACUGGCUGCUCUGCCCCAAAGGGCAAAACCUCUCGGAGGAAGUAGAGCUGGCGUUUCCCAAAAAUAUGAUAGAGGGAUCAGCAAGAUCUACUGUUUCAGUGCUUGGAGACAUAUUGGGUCGUGCACUGGAGAACCUUCAUGGCUUAUUACGGAUGCCGUAUGGCUGUGGAGAACAAAACAUGGCUGUUCUUUCUCCCAAUAUUUACAUUAUGCAGUAUCUGGAGAACACGGCGCAGCUCACCUCAGCCAUCCGAGAGAGAGCCACAGACUUCCUGAAGACCGGAUAUCAGAGGCAACUCAACUAUGAGAACUCAGAUGGAUCAUAUACUACAUUUGGUCACGGAGAAGGAAAUACAUGGCUGACCACGUUUGUGCUGAGGACAUUUGGGAAAGCACAGCAGUACAUCUUUAUUGACCCCCAAAAACUUCAGAAAUCAAAGCAAUGGCUGGAACAACACCAAAGACCAGAUGGUUGUUAUGAGAGCAAGGGAAAACUCUUCAAUAACAGAAUGAAGGGGGGUGUAAGUGACAGUGUGACCAUCACUGCCUAUAUAACUGCAUCACUACUUGAGCUGAACAUAUCGGUUACGGAUCCUGCUGUGAGCAAAGGCUUGUCAUGCUUAAAGCGCUUUUUUGGUCAUGACCAAAACACUUACACCACUGCUCUGCUCGCCUACACUUUCAGUCUGGCUAGAGACAAGUACGCUCGACAGUAUCUUCUCAAGAAACUUGCGGAGGUUGCUAUUUUAGACGGGUCUCUUCUCCACUGGUCUCAGUCUGCAUCUGCUGAUGACUCUCAUUCUUUGGCAGUGGAGAUCAGCUCAUAUAUGCUGCUAGCUGUUCUCACUGCAGAUUCAGUCACUACAGUUGAUCUGGGCUAUGCUAACAGGAUUGUCAGCUGGCUUGUAAAGCAGCAGAAUGCCUAUGGAGGAUUCUCCUCCACACAGGACACAGUGGUGGCUCUUCAGGCUCUGUCUUUGUACGCCACCAAAGUGUUCAGCUCUGACGGCUUCAGCACAGUCACUGUACAGUCAGCAGGAGACACUCACCACUUUGAUGUCAAUCAGGACAACAAGUUACUGUACCAGGAGAAGCAGCUGCAGAACGUUCCAGCCAAAUACAGCAUUGAAGUGAAGGGCUCAACCUGUGUGUCUGUGCAGAUGUCUCUUUUCUACAAUAUUCCCACUCCCAUGGAAUAUAAUACAUUACUCGUCGUUGCUAGGACAAUGGGAGAAUGUAAUCAAACGACUGGACAAAUUUUGGAUGUUGUAAUAAGCGUUGUAUAUACCGGGACAGAAGCAAGUUCAAACAUGGUCAUUGUAGAUAUAAAACUCUUGUCAGGUUUCCAAGUAGAACCCUCUUCCCUGGACAAGUUAAAGAAAGCAGUACAUCGUGUUGAAUCCAAAGACGAUCAUGUCAUUAUGUAUCUACAAGAGGUUCAAAAGAACAUUGGCUUCCGCCAGACACUAAGUAUUAAACAGAUCUUCUCAGUUAAAAACCUCAAGCCAGCAGUUAUACAGGUUUAUGACUACUACCAGACAAGUGAACGGUCUGAAACAGAGUACUUAAAUCACUGUGACUGAGGAGAGAUGCUGCAGAAGAAGCAACAGAUGUCAUCAUCACACAAAUUUAAUAUAUAACUGUGCUAUUAUAUUGGAUUGGCAUUAAUAAUUAUGAAGCUGUAAGCUUUAAUUUUCUUAUUGGCUUAUAGGUUCCCAUUUAUUUUAUACACCUUUAGGUCUUUUCAUUUGUGUUUUAUUAGUAAAAAACACAUUAAGACUGGGGUGUGGGUAGGCUAAGCUUUUGCUUGCAAAGGCUUUAUCAUUUUAGAGAAAUAUUAUCCUUGUUAGUUGUUAACAUGCAAUAGUACUGUAUCUUUAUAGCUUAUAUAAAUGCUUUGUGAAAAGAGCAAAUAAAAUAAUUAUUGUGAAAAGUCCAGUAAAAGUGGCAUGUGCCCAUCAGUUGUAUUUUGUAUUAUAAAAUGGUUACUUCCUGUCCUUGAUUCACGAUAAAACACGGCUAUGACCGCUUCACCCAAUGGUUCUGUGUAUUACUACACAACACCCUUAGCAACGUAAACUGAAUGUUGUCAAUUGUUAUUGUUCAUUGAAGCUUACUGUAUUAUGUAGAAGAGUAUUGUGAGAAAGAGAAUGAGUUAGCGAGUUUAUUACCUGCAUUCAGAUUUAGCAUUUUCCUUCAGGUCAGUCCUAUGUUCAUAAUAAAAAAUAUGUUUAAAUGUCCAA